UCAGAGUAGAGCGGUGUCUGACAGCCUGCCUGCCCGGGCCAGCAGCUCCCUUGCCCGGCUAGGAAAUACGACCAGGUUCAGGACGGAGCGGAGUGAAGACUCUGGAAAAACAACACAAAGCAGCGGACUGGCAAAAACCCAAGCAGGGGUUUAAAGUAAAUUACUAGUUGUUUUUAUUUGUACCUUGAGUACGAGGAACAUGUUUUCUCUGUAGCUUUAUUGGACUCACAUGCGAGAGAGGAUAUAUUUUUUUUCAUUUUUCUCCAUUGCUUUCACUGCGCUGAUACUGUACAUCAGCCUGCCGAGCAUCGUGAAUGACCAGCCGCACUCCCGCUGCUCGGCUUCCGCUGCUCUCUCCUCCUUAGGGCUUGGGAAUGCGUGGAUGCUGUGGUGCUUUACUCUUACAUGUUUACAUUUAAUAACCUAUCCUGUGAGUGAGAUAAACUAGAAUGAGACCAGGAAACAACAGUGGGUAAACCAAAAUAACGUACUGAGGUAGAGGGAAUCUGUGACGGACACAAGGAGCAGGAGACAGGGGAGAGGAGGAGUCGCAGCAGGAGGAGAACUAAAAGCCUGCAGGUUUGUUGCCUGUGGGGAUGAGGACUAGCAGGGACGUAACACAUCCAAGGUGUCACUGUGAUUAGAAGAGAGGGAGCUGGACGAGGAGAGGCAUUGAAGUCCACGCUGUACCCAAUCCAAGGAGGCGGUGAUGGCGGGUGAAGGCACCGGGGUUCACACACUCCGUCAGCCGACCGCAGCCCUGUCAGCAGCCGCAGCAGCAUGAGGAGGAAAAGAUUAGAGACAGCAAACACAGAGGAGGUGACCCUUAUCAUAUCCUGAAGGAGACGAGACAUCGGGCAUGACCUUGUGUUUGUCUACAGUUCCAAAGAAGAGCCAGGGAGAAGCCUUCAUGGCCAGAGAAACAUUGCUUUCCUUGCUCCAUUGAGCUAUUUUAACCCUGCUGCAAGCUGCACUGGGGGGCUCAAACGUUCCCCUGACUCCACCAGGAGGCUCACUCCAACCCAUCUGCCAGCUCAGAUAACCCUCUGAUAGUUGGCAACCACAUGUUUGAGGUGACUGUGAGUGACUGCCGCCGCCGCCCAUUCUCGAGCAGCAGCAGCUUCCUGCGACCCCGAUCUGCACCAUGCAGUGGAGACGGCGGCACUGCUGUCCUAUCAAGAUGACCUGGACCGUCAAGCGGUCGCUCUUCAGGACCCAUGUGGCCGGCCUCCUCUCGCUGGCUCUACUCUUCACCCUUUUCUUAUUUUUCAGCCAUCAGGAUUGGCUUCCGGGACGCAGCGGGCCCCGGGAAAACCCGCUGGCCUACACUGUCAGGGGCUUCCGCAGCCCCAAAGGCGAAGCCAACCAGAGCAGCUCCCUGCGGAGCCUGUGGAGGGACACGGGGUAUGUGGCACCAAAGACUCUUCUCAACCUCAGCUCUCAGCAGGCAGAUGGGGCUGCGGGGGAGGCAGCAGCAGCAGGAGGCGGAGGGGGUUCCAGGAUGGGGGUAAUGGGACUUGGGGACUCCAUGAGCACCAACAACAGUUUACAGAAGGAGAUGGGUGUGGGAGGGAGGCUCAGUGCUCAGCCCUACCGCUACAUCCUGAACGAGCCUUUCAAGUGCAGGGACAGGACGCCCUUCAUCAUCGUCCUGAUCGCUGCAGAACCCGGACAGGCCGAUGCCCGUAAUGCCAUCCGUCAGACAUGGGGGAAUGAGAGCAACUCAAUGGGCUUAGGGUUUGUCCGUCUUUUCCUGCUCGGCACUGGAAAGAGCUCAGACACCUACCUGCAGAGCAGCAUAGAGGAAGAGAGCCUUGUUCACCACGACAUCAUCCAACAGGACUAUCAGGACACUUACUAUAACCUGACCAUCAAAACGCUGAUGGGCAUGAACUGGGUGGCCACCUAUUGCCCACACGCCUCCUACGUGAUGAAGACAGACAGCGACAUGUUUGUCAAUACCGAGUAUCUCAUCCAAAAGUUGCUUAAACCCGAGCUGCCUCCCAAACAGAGGUACUUCACCGGCUACCUGAUGAGGGGCUAUGCACCAAACCGAAACAAGGACAGCAAGUGGUACAUGCCGCCCGAGCUGUACCCAAGCGAGCGUUAUCCGAUAUUCUGCUCGGGCACGGGGUAUGUGUUCUCAGGGGACAUGGCCGAUCUGAUCUACCAGGCGUCCCUGAGCAUACGAAGGCUGCACCUGGAGGACGUUUACGUGGGAAUCUGCCUGGCCAAGCUGCGCAUCGACCCGGCCCCUCCUCCCAACGAGUUCCUCUUCAACCAUUGGCGGGUGUCUUACUCCAGUUGUAAGUACAGCCACCUGAUUACGUCCCAUCAGUUCCACCCCAAUGAACUCAUCAAGUACUGGAAUCACUUGCAGAGCAACAAGCACAACGCCUGUGUCAACGUGGCCAAGGAAAAGAACAGCAGGUACAGACACCGAAAGUUUCACGGAGAGAGGCCUCCUUGACGCAUUCUGUGAUUACAACCCCUGCUCAAGAGACAAAGGGAGAUGAGCACACUGUUACUACAGUCUUGGAGGGCAUAUGAACUCAGUACUAUACACUAUAUGGGGAAAAGCACAUUGUUUUUGGUAUUGUGUACAGUCGAUGAUCCAAACUAUUUUUUUAAUUUGAGGAAAAAAUGUUAAGUAUUGUAAAACUGUUGAGCUAUUUCUAAAACGGAAGAUUGUCUGAUGAUGUGGAGCAUAACGUGCUGCUGCUGUCUCAAGGGUGAUGUUGAGGAUAAUUCAGGUGCCAAGAGAAAGGUGGUUAUUCAUGCUACAGUUAAUGUGAAGGCUCGCCUCUAAAGGGUAAUAUACAGUAUGUCACACUUUACAAAAAAUAAAAAUAGACAGUGGUGUUUACACAGAAAAAGAGAAAUGCACAUGUAUUUUGUCGAAUGUUACACUACCUAACUAUGAAUGAAAAUAUAUUUGACGUUGACCAGUUAUGCUGCCCGGUUUCUCAGUGUUUACUUUACAGGUUUAUCAAAGAACAUGACUCUAAAGAGAAGGUUUAUCCAUCAUAUACUGUAUUUUUUUUUUUUUAAAUCUACAUGGAAGCACUCACGUCCCGUCAGAGAUGACUGAGAUUGUAUUUUUUAAAGCUUUACAUUGAGUAUGACUCUGCACUUGAGCAAAUGUGCAAUGAAUUAAUUAACAAUUAAAUGUACUGAACUCAAA